UCGGAGCUCGAGCGAUAGAGGAGUGGGAGGCUUGCCCCAGCCCCGGCAUUGGGCCACUAGAGCCUGUGUGCCAGGCAUUCAAGGCGCUGAUCGAGGCCGCCGAAGGUGCAGCAGCAUCAGCAACGACAUCGCCUUGGUGGACGGGCUGGAGCAUCACCAGCAGUCAAUCGCCCUGCGUCGCGAGUUGCUCCCACCAAGCUUGCCGGACAUGGCCGCAGUCCCCGCAGGAGCGCUUACCUUGCCCCAAAGCUACGUGGAGCGAGCUGCGGUACAAGAAGUUGCCGACGGCCUCAUCAAGCCCGAGGAGCCCCGUGCCCCCUACGCUGUUGUCGGGAUGGGUGGAGGGGGGAAAACGAUGCUGGUGUCGGCCGUCGUGCGCAAGUCGAAUGUGAGGGAACACUUCCGUGGGGGUGUAUUCUGGAUGAGAGUGGGCAGGCACGCAAAGAAUAGCCUUCUGUCUCUCCUGCAGGGUCUGGCCAGGGAGAUGAGCGCAGCGCCGACGGAUACUCCGCACGGGGUGCCUCACGUCUUGGAAAGCCUGGAGCAGGUGAAGCAGCACCUGGCUACGGUGGCAUCCGCGGGCACCUCCCCGCGCUUGGUGGUGCUGGAUGACGUGUGGGAGCGCGAGGUUGUGGACGCGCUUCUCUCUCUAGGAUUGAAGGUGCUGGUGACUACGCGUGAUCGCUCGGUUGUCGGUGUUUCCGGGGGAUUGUUGGAGCUGGGAGACAUGACGGAGGAAGAGGCGCUGGAGCUGCUGCUGAAGACGAGUAGGACUGUGGGUCAGCCUGGGCACGAGGUCCGGACGCAGAUGACCAAGGUCGUUGUGCUCUGUGGACAUCUACCGUUGGUGCUCGCCAUCGCGGGUUCCAUGUCCGUCGUGAAAGGGAAGGGCUUGACCGCUGUCGCCUGGGAAGAGCUGAUCAAAGAGUUCGAGAACGUGGCCAAGAAGAUGCGGGUUCGGGGAGAGCAGUCGUCGUCUAUCAAAGUGGUCCUUGGGACCAGCUUCGACGCUUUGGCAGCAAGGAAGCAAGAAGAGAGUUUGAAGAUGACUGUGUUGGCCGCGGGUGCUCUUGCGCCGAUCGAGAUGCUGCGUAAUUUGUGGGAGAUAGAGGACGCAGAGGGUACGCGAGAGGAAGCUGAGGGUCUGGUGAGCAAGUGCCUUCUACAAGCUGUGGGUGGUAGUGGGUACCGUGUACACGACCUCGUCCUGGAGUUUGUGAAAACUAGUAUCAGGGCAGAGGAGGAGAUGGUGGAAAAGGCCACAGCGCUGCAGGCGCAGUAUCUCGGGAGAGUAGACGUGCUCAAGAGUUACGGAGACCCGGAGCACGGUGCUGGAAACCAAGGCCUUUUCUUUUUGGAUGCUCUCUGGCGCUCGGUGGAGAAGCUCUCGGGGGACCCUGAGCUGGAGGUUGCCUCGUAUCGCGCCAGCCUCGGGGAGUUGGAGUCAUGCGAGGCGACGGAAGACGUCGCGAGUUCCUACCGUUGGGUCGGGUUUUUGUUCAAUAUCCAGGGCAAGUUCACCGAGGCCGAACCACUCUAUGGGAGGUCACAGGCCAUCCAAGAGAAGGUCUUGGGUCCGGAGCAUCCAGAUGUGGCUACGUCGCUCAACAACCGGGCGGGGUUGUUGAGAGCGCAGGGCAAAUUCUCGGAAGCUGAGCCGUUGUACAAGAGGACGCAGGAGGUCUUCGAGAAAUCCUUGGGACGGGAUCAUCCAAACGUUGCCACAAUUCUCAACAACCGGGCGCUGUUGUUGUACGCUCAGGAGAACUACACGGAGGCGAUUCCGCUAUUGCAGAGGACCCUAGCAAUCUGUACGAACAAGCUUGGGAAAGACCAUCCAGACACGGUCAGUACUCGGAACAACCUGGAAGUUGUGCGAAAACAGGUAUGAAGACGAGAUCGAAGCGACUGUCUGCAACAGCGGUCGGUCGCCGUAAACGCGUGAACAAGACAGGGACAGCCUUAGGGAAUUUGGCGUCAAGUGUGAGGGGACAUCACUCAUGUGGCUCACGUCCACGGUGACUACUGUGGUGUGGAACAUUUAUGCAUUUAAACAAAGUUUUCGUGUGAUUGAGAGCG